AUUGAUUGGCUAAUUUUUCUAGUUAUUUAAUCUCAAUUCAUCAUGUAUGAGAUUAAUAUUGGAGGAGUACAAUGAUGAUUAUUCAGCCCAUAAUUUUAGACACUUACAAAAUGCUGAAAUUUCUUUAAGGGAAGUACUGUUUAGAGGAGAAUCAUUUAGUUCAUAUAGACACAAGCGACUAGCACGACCUCUACUGUGUGUAUCAUCAGAUCCUGAAGAUUGUCAGAAAGACUACAAAGAUAGUUUGAUGUAUAGAUAUCUUGAUAUUCACUUCAACUCAAUACUAUUGAACAUUAAAAUGCCUCCUCAACCUGAAGCCACUCUCCUUGAAGAUUCUAUUGAUCCUGAUGUAAGAGAAGGAGCAAUAUUCAUGUCAAAGAAAGAAAAAGAAAACAGAAUACAGAUAAGAGUUGAUAAGAGAAUAACAGUAGCUCAAUUAAAGGAGAAGCUAGCUCCCCUGAUUGGUGUAUCAUCUACUAAUUUUAGAGUGUAUCAUAAAAUUAGUGGUCAUGAGGCACAUGAAAUGAAGAGACUGGAUAUGACAUUAGUGAAUGUUGACUCUGGAUCAGAGUUCUUGGUAACACGGAGCAGAGUAUCACGAGAGGUAGAGUGCAAAAUUAAACUAUAUCUAUUACUAGUUAAUAAUGCAGAAUUUUGUAAGUUUAUGAUGGAGUCUAUUGUUGUUGAGAAUACACAAGUGAGAGAAUUUAAGAAACAAAUUAUUGAAGAAGCAAAAGUACAAGGAAUUGACUGUGUCCUUGAAUUAGACAAAAUGAGGUUACGUAGCAAGAGAGGAGUGUACCCUGGUGCAAUAUAUCUUGAUCAACAAAUGAUUCGUGCUGAGAGGGAAAUAUAUGUGGAACCACUGAAAAAACCAGAGAUGAAGAACCAUCAUUCGCAGAUACAGAUAUAUGUUAUAAGAUGGCGUCCGUCACAAUUUUCAGUUGAUCCAGUAGAAGAAAUUAUAUUGAAUAAUAAUAAUUCUAAGGAUGUAAAUGAAAAGCUGUCAGAGUUAAGUGGAGUACCUACUGAGUAUAUCUAUUGUGCAGAGAGUAGAUUAUUUCCAGUUGAGAUGUCAUGUUUUGAUAUUGAGAAUAAGUUAGAAUGGCAUCCCAGUCUUUUCCUUUCACCGUUUAUAAUUUGGAAUGAGGGACAAGUCAUAUAUUACAAAGACAAUAGAGAGACAAUGAAAGAGUUAACAGAUAAAGAGAGAUCAGAAAUACAAGAAGCAGAGAGAGCAAGGUUGAAGAAAAUCGGGGCAUACGAAUUUUAACAUGGACUUUGGUUGGAUUAAUUUAAUGUUGAAGUGUUAUAUUAUUUUUUUAUCUUCAUAUUUUAAAAUUAAUGGUGCUUUUAAACUAAUUUUCCAAGUGCAUUUCAA